GCGGGUCCGCGCCGCCGCCCGGCCGUCUCGACCCCCGCCCACCGGAAGUCGCGGAGCGCUCGGCGGGCGAGGGAGACGUCGCCGUGGGGCUCGGAGCAGCGCACCUCCCCGAACGAAAUGAAAUGCUGAGAGAUAAAUAAAGCUUUCCUCUUCUGACUCGGAUCUUUAUAAUGGGUAUCGGAAAGUCUAAAACGGAUCCCUGCCAUCUUUCUGUGCCCUGGGGUAAAAGCCAGAGUGUGGAUACUAGUCAAAGCCCUCAGACGUCAGAUUCCAAGCAAUCUGAAGACAUCUCCCUGCAUGGUGAUGCUGUGUGCAGCACUACUGCAGAGAUGCCAGCAGGGGAGCAGGAGGGAGUGGAGGAGAGCCCUGAAGAGGACACAGAAGAAGAGGUGUUCCUCAAAUUUGUGAUACUGCACGCUGAAGAAGACACAGCCGAAGCCCUCCGAGUCCAGAGCCUGCUGGAAAACGACUUUGGCAUCAAGCCUGGAAUCAUCUUUGCCGAGAUGCCAUGUGGCAGACAGCAUUUACAGAACUUGGAUGAUGCUGUCAACGGGUCUGCCUGGACUAUCUUACUGUUGACUGAAAACUUCUUAAGGGACACCUGGUGUAAGUUCCAGUUCUAUUCGUCCCUCAUGAACUCCGUUAACAGGCAGCACAAGUACAACUCCGUCAUCCCUAUGCGGCCCCUGAACAAGCCCCUGCCCCGAGAGAGAACUCCCUUUGCUCUACGGACCAUCAACGCCCUGGAGGAAGAAAGUCGUGGCUUUCCUACCCAGGUGGAAAGGAUUUUUCAGGAGUCUGUGUACAGGAUACAGCAAGCUAUAUGGAAGGAGACCAGAAAUAUGGUACAAAGGCAAUCUGUUGCCUGAGACAGCACACACAACACACGACAGACUCUUGUUUUGUAAAACAAAGGAUUUAUCUUCACUUGCGAAAACAAGUUCCUAGAAGUUUCAAUGAAGGAGAACCUUCCUCUUACAGAAACCUGUGGAGCCCAAGAAAGAUAAAUUUCUGCAGGACUGUCUGUAAAACUGUGGUAUUUGUUGAUGUUUCCAUAAACUGGGAAUCUUCAGAGUUUCAAGAGCUCUGUUUCCUCUCAGUUUUCCUGGUUCAUGAUUACUACAAAGGAUAUUUUAAAUUCAUCUUCUUAUAUUGAACUUGAAUGAAAACUUAGACAUUUAAAAAAUGCAGUUAAUUACCCUUUGAUUUUGUUCUCAAAGGACACACAGGAGAAAACGACCUCGAGACAUCUGACCAGCCUGCCUUUCGAGGUACCUCUCACGAAUGUUGUAAUGAAGCACUCCCGGUGUUGCCACCCAGACACGAGGACAGCCAGGCUAGAACGUUGAGAAUGUGGAGUGCUGAUAAGUGUGAAACCCAAAAUAGAUGCGGCAGUGGUGGGGCUCCUUAAAAGAAUCCAGUCAAAUGUCCUUCCCUUUCUGCUGCAGUGUAUAUAUUUGCAGGCAGUUCCCACCACAUUUGUUGGUACUGUGGUUAGGACUCUGCCUGGUGUGGACAUGACCUCUGGAGCCAGCAGCUCUCUACGUUGGUCAUCGGCUAUGCCCAGAACUUUGUUUGAAGAGCUUCUGAAAGGUGUAUGUAUCCUUGGCCAGAUGUUCUUCUUUAAAAUCAGUAACCUCUCCUUUGCAAGCAGUUAAAAAUUCCUGUCUUGCACAGUACUUUAUCAAGGAAAUAUUUCUCAGUAGCCUGAGUGUGUGUGUGUGUGUGUGUGUGUGUGUGUGUGUGUGUGUGUGUGUAUGUUGUAGAUUACUUUCAGACUUGAAGUGGGAAAUGCAUUUUAUGGUUUCUUGUCCCACAGUGAUAGCGAAUCAGAGGCUCCAAGCAGACCAGUUCCUCUCUUUCACAGCCCUUCUGCCCCAGCAGAGAUUGAUGGAGAACUAUCAAGUGCAGACCAGGAAUGGGAGAGACUGGGUCCCGUCAUGCUGUAGUGAGAAAAGCGCCCGAUAGGGUAUCAGAGCACCUGGUUCUUUCCAGUCUUUUUUACUGAGGAGGAAUGUGACCAUGGGCAAGCUACUACCCUCCUUCAUCUGUGAAAAGAAAGGAUUGGAUUGAUAAAUCUGCACAGGGCACUGUCCUCUCCCAGAAUGUGAACAACGAGGAACCAGGAAAGGGAACAAGCAAACAAAUGAUAGAAUUUUAUAAUGUGAUUUAUGAUUUAAUAGAUGCAGGAGGCUUCAUGUAUAUGCUCACAAUGAAAGGAUAUUGUAUAUGUUUACAGCAUAAUUGACUUCUAAUGCUACCCAUUACACUCUUACAGUUACAGAAAAAUAUUACAAUGCAUACUUAGAUUUUUUUUUUUAAGUAAAAAAUUUUUUCUAGAGACCUUUGCUGCAGAAACAUUCUGCCCUCUUUUUCUUUCUCUUUAUCCCCACUUCUCCGUAUCCCCUUGCUAACACUGGGGUUUGCUCACAGCCUUCUGCAGUCCGCCUCUUCACAGUCAUGAACCAACAUGUUUCAUAAUCUUGCAAGUCAGUCAGACCUCCCCCGCUACUAGUACUUAUUAAAGAUAAGAUUCUUCUCAUUGCAUGGUGACUUAAAAGUUCCCUUCUGUCAUAGGAGCUGACUACUCACUUUUCUUUUUCAGUUCUAAUGAUAAGCAUUUUGUUGUUGUUGCUAUACUGCUUCCUGCAUCUCCAGGUUCAUAUACAAAUAAAACAGUAACCACUCCCCCUUGCCUGCCUGCCUGCCAAAGUUGGAGCAAUUGACGCUGGAUGGUGUUUUUUAAAUAAAUGUUUUUAUUCUUUACCUUG